AUGGAUUGCAUGGUAUUUCCCACUAGAUUUGUCAGAUGGGUGAUUGAGUGUGUCUACCCUGUAUCCUAUUCUUUGAUGAUUAAUGGAGAGCUUACUCCAUGCUUUGAUGCUGCUAGGGGAUUACAAGGGGACCCCAUGUCUCCAUUUCUCUAUGUUAUUGUGAUGGAGUACCUCAGUAGAAAUCUGAAAGAACUCGGCACAGAUACACAAUUUAAACAUCAUCCCAAAUGUCAAAAAUUGGACAUCACAUAUCUCAGCUUUGUAGAUGAUUUAUUGAUGUUUGUCAAAGGGGAUCUUGCAUCAGUGUCACUACUUCAUGAGAAGUUUGCAAUCUUCACAGCAGCCUCACGACUUCAGGCAAAUUUAACAAGAAGUGCAAUCUAUUACGGAGGAGUUGAAUCAAAUACAAAAAGCUUAAUUCAAAAUGUCGUAGGGUCCACUCAAGGUGCUUUGCCUUUUAAGUACUUUGGUAUACCGCUAGAUACCAAGAAGCUUAGCUUAUUGCAAUGGCAACCUUUGAAUGAUACUGUGGUGGCCAAAAUAACAUCUUGGACUGCAAAGAAACUGUCUUAUGCAGGCAGAAUUCAAUUAGUCUAG